UGUCAUUUUCCGCUUAAAUAAGUACAAUUUGGUAUAUUUACUUUGUCGAAAUCUUCAAUAUAAUGAACAGUAUUCAGUUCAUCUUUGCCUCGACACUUUUCAGUGCAGCAUUUAUAGUUAUAUGUAUAUAUUUCGAUAAACAUCGUCACGAAGAUCCACUCUUUCGCAAGAAAUUAAAGUUGAGAAGACGAAAACCGUUACCGACCUACAGCGGUACGAGUUUGAAGCCCUCGGUAAUUUUACAAACUGACAAAGAGUCGAAGAUAGUCCAAGAGAUACAAUCGGCCGAAGCGUUUAUGACAGUGGAGGAUUAUCAAAAUGCUGUUGUCCAUUUCGCAAACGCGAUUGCUUGCUGCGUCGACCCUUCCGAUUUAUUAAUUUCGUUAAACAGAUCGUUACCAAAUGAGGUGUAUGUGACGCUCGUGGAAAGGUUGCAGAAUAAUUUUGCGGACCAAGUGCAGAAAUUGAAGCAUAACGACCAAAUGAAGACGUUAUUGGAUGUUAGCUCCGUAUGUGAGCUGUACGUUAAAAAUAAAACAUCAUGA